AUGUCAUUGUCAUUAGAAGUAAACUAUUCAACUUGGUUAGACGAUGUAACGGUUCAACUGAAUCGUUAUUUAGGAUUGUUUAUUUUUGUCUUUGGAAUUAUUGGAAAUAUUUUUAAUAUCUUUGUUUUAUCGGAGAAAACUCUGCGAUUCAAUCCAUGCUCACGAUUGUUUCGUUGCUCGUCGGUCGCAAGCAUUCUAGCGUCGAGUUUCGGCCUCACAACCCGAAUUUUAUCAAGUUGGAACAUUGACCUUAGCGGAACGAAUUCGUACUUAUGUAAAUUUCGUGGUUUAAUGGCUUUUUCUUCAUCGACUGUCACCUUCUGGUUGGUUGCUUCUGCCACUAUUGAUCGCUGGCUAGCUUCAAGUAUUCUUCCAUCGCGUCGACGACAUAGUACAAUCCAGAAUGCUCAACGAACAACAUUUGCUAUUGUCUGUUUAUCAACUGCACUUUAUUUUCAUCUGAUUUUCUGUUACGAUGCAAAUCUAGUUGGUACGCCCAUGAAAUGCUACAGUAAAUCACCGGAAUGUCGUUUCUUAACCGAUCUCUCGUUUGGAUUAAUCACUAUUCUAUGUCCUCUGGUGAUUAUGAUCAUCUUUGGCUUAAUGACAAUAUCAAAUAUUCGUCAAGCACAUUAUCGAGCAGUUCGACAGUCCGUUUAUUUUCCAGCAAAACAACGCAAACAAGUCGAUCGACAAUUGUUAACGAUGUUACUUCUUCAAGUAACUCUGCUGUUAAUCCUGUCGCUUCCAUUACCGAUUCAGAGAUUCUAUUCGACAUUCACCAGUUCCGAUUCGAAAAGUAUUCAGCAGAAAUCCGUCGACAACUUUUUAUACAACUCAUCAUUACUUCUGAUUUACGUAGCCAACAGUGUCCCAUUUUAUAUCUACACAAUCAGCGGAGGCAGCACUUUCCGAAAAGCAUUGAAAAAUGUUUUCAAAAGAUGUCGACAAGUGAUCAUUUGGUGUUAG